AUGGACCAAAUGGAAGAUAGCGGACUGGAGAGACGGUUCUGUGAGGUGUUAAGGGUCUGCUCACAGUCUGCCGUCUUCUUCCCUUUCCGUCUAUCUCUGCCAAUGGUGAUACGUCUGCUGCUGUCGCUGUUGCCACCACCAUUACUGAUGGAGUACAGCACUUUGACCAGUUUCGUAUCCAACUCCUUUCAUCGAUUUUUCACAUCCCAGUUUUUUGUAUCAAAUGUUCUUACCAUGGUUAGUUCUUUGAUGGUAGAAACGUCGCGACGACUGCACAUGAAGAAAGUGUCGUCCAAAGAAAAGGCGGCGUACCGUUGUUCGAUGGAGACUUGGCUGAGUGGUGAGUUUUGUACAGCAGUGUCUCACCGGAAUCCAUUGUCCUCAGUGUCGUAUGGCAAUGGUGAACCACCCGUCAGUGCUGGUGUCAGCUUGCAGCUCCAUCCGUUGCCUCGCCAAGAACCUGUCGUCGGUCGAUUACUUUACCGCCAUGGCAGCAACAACAAUAAUAACAACAAAGUCACCUAUUGUCAUCUACAUUCAGCGUGCUGUGCCUAUAUACUCUUCUAUGAGACGUUGGCGGGGAUGUCCCUCAUGCAACGCACUCCUCUGCAUCCACUGGAUCCAAGAUUGAUGGGGAAGGAAUGGACGAGAAGAAGGAGGGCCAUCAGACUACCUGCUCCUCUUUGUUGA